GCAAGCACAGGAGCUAGAGAAUGAAUUCCUCGUUAUGGAGGAAGGGCAGUCGCAUGAAGGGGAAAAGGAAGCGACGUCUGAUCAGACGAUGGUUGAAUCCGAGGGUGAGGGGAGCCUGGUGUCUAGUCCAAGUGCUGAAGUCUAUUUGCCACACAUGACGCACAGGGAACGGGCGGGUGUGAAGGUGCGGAUGUCGAAGUCGGCGAUUGCAGAGAAGGAAUCGUCAGACGCAGCGAUGGUAGUGGGCGAUGUUGAGGCGGUUGCGAGGGGUUUGAUAGGGGAGAAUAAGGACCAAGCUCGGCAUGCAUCUGAGGCAUUUUUGCACCUUCUGAGCCAGGGAGGUCGUGGAGAAGGAAAGGUGUACAGCUGUCCUGUCGAAGCACCUGUGUGGAAAGAGAACGUCGAAAGGCACGUUCGGAACCAGGAGAAGAUGUUGGAGAAGAUAGCAGAGCGACGGCAAUCCGCGAGGUUUGUGGAGCAAGUGUUGACGAUUAAGUUUCGAGCACUGAAAGAUGCUUGGAGGCAGGAACAGUUUGGGACGAGCCAGCAGCAGAGAGGUACAAAGCCUGUGCGCAGGUGGGAGGCGGAGAAGCGGGGCGGGACUGCAGGUUGCCAUCGGUCAUCUCUGCGAUUGAGACCCGUCCAAGCAGGUGGCGGGAAGCUGGAAGCUCAAUCUGAAGAGUCCAUGAAGAGGGUGAUGGUGGAACCGGUGGUGGGUCCGCUGAGGCCAGCGUUGAAGAUGCCGGCAAUGAUCCUGGGCGAGAGGGAGCGAUUGGCUCGCAGAUUCGAGAGCAACAAUGCGCUGGUGGAGGAUCCAGUCCGGGUGGAGUCGGAGCGGAAGAGCAUUAAUCCUUGGUCGGCGGAAGAGAGGAGGGUGUUUUUGGAGAAGUUUGCGGUUUAUAACAAGAACUUCAGCAAGAUUGCGUCCCACUUGGAGUACAAGACGACUGCAGACUGCGUAGAGUUCUACUAUAGGAACCAGAAGUCGGAGGAUUUUGAAAAGAUUAGGCGGAGGCAGCAGCUGAAAAAGAGGCGGGAUUAUUCGCGGUUGGGCGGAUCGUUCCUGUCGACAGGGUUGCAGCCGAACAGCCGGCAAAGAGAGGCAAACAUUGACGCACGGAGCGAAGGCUGGAACAUGCAGACGUCGGGUGCUGUUUCGACGGUUUGUCAGAUCACAGUGGGUGCGAAAGCCGCGAGGAGCAGCACACAUCACAAACCCUUGGAGCGUCAGCGGACGAGCUCGUCGUUGGAUCCCGGUAGCCUACCUGCAGUUGUUGAGAUUGCGAAGUCCACGAGCGGCAAGGAAAGCAGGCCGUCUGGAAUACCGCCAUUGCCGAGCGGCGCAGCGGGUUCUGGAACGACGGGGUCUUGCAGUUUAAGCUCCGCAACCGCAGCUUCUGUGAAGGUCAGCCGAGAAAGAACGUCGGUGAAGUCGAACUGGAACGGAGGUUCAGCGGUUGCAAGGAGCGGGACUAAAGAGCAGCAGAUGUCUGGACCGAAGGGUGCGCGGAGCGUAAACAUUCGACGGGGUUUGACGACGUCUGCCGGGGAAGAGGCUAAUGCGCAAUGGACAGACAAGGAGCGGGAGCUAUUUACAGAGGCCGUAAGUUUGUUUGGGAAAGAUUUUGAGAGCAUUGCUGCCCAUGUUGGAUCAACGAAGAGUGAAGGUCAGUGUAAGUCAUUUUUCAGCAAGACCCGGAAGCGGCUACGACUGGACCAGCUGGUGGAGAAGUACCAGGCUGCUCUGAACUUUAGGGCGGAUGCAGCAGUUGCAGAGAGCCCAGAAUUUAUUGACGUACAGAUGGAGGAAGUGCCGGGUGCAGCAGCCGAGGUCGUGCUGGUGGCUAGCCUGGAAGCGAACAUUUAUCCUUCUUUGGGAGAGGAAAAGGUUUGGAAUGAAGCAACUGAGAGCGGUAAGGUGGAGGAGGUUGCAAACGACGUGAGCGUUCAAGCGACGGAAGCAGUGGAGGCGGAGAUGUGUAAGGAUAUCGCAGCUGAGAAGACAGUGGAGGAGGAAUCCUAUGAGGAUGUAGUGGUUGCGAAGGCAGUGGAGGAGGGAUUAUGUGAAGGUGUAGCAAUCGAGAGGGCUGGGAAGGAGGAAAUAUUUGACAAUGCAGCAGUCCAUAAGGCAGUGGAGGAGGUAUUAUCUGAGGACGUCGGAGUUGAGAAAGCAGUGGAGGAUAGAAGCGUUGAGGCGAAGGGAGUGGAGGUUGAAUGCACUCCUGGGAAGGGAGUGGAGCAUCAAGCUGUUAAGGAUGAGGUUGUGGACGACGAAACCGUGGAAGAUGUAGCAGAGGAGGGUGUAGUGGGCGUCAUCGAAGUAGUGGAGACUGUCGACUUUGUUGGUGUGUCAAUGGACCUGACAGUCGAGAGUGCUGUUUGUCCGCCAGAAAGCCCAGACAUUGUGGAGGACGUGAAGAAGGCAGAAGCUGAUGUGGGCGCUGGAGCUUGUUCCAUGAAUGAGUGUGAUACAGGAGAGGCGGAGGACGUAUUUGCCGCGUGUAUAAAGGCUGAACCAGUUGUUGUGGAUGAAGAAGUAGUCUCAGAACCUUUGACAGUCGAUGCGGGUGAGGAGUUACCUGCAGGCAAUAGUUCAGGGAGCUCAGCAGAUUGUGGGAUGCAGGAGGAGGGAGAUGCGGUGGAAGUUGCUAAGGGUGCAGAAAGCGUGGUGGAAUCUGUAAAGAGGGAAGUGGAUGCAGGUGAUGACAAGGGUCUUGGUACAGUGGUAGCAACAAGCACCCUUGCAGCAGAGGAGCAGUUAGUGGAGGCGAGUGGCGCGGUGGAUGUGAAGCAUGAGGCUGGGUCACCUCAGGUGGCAGUAUCCACAGGCACAGAAUCGGGUUCUUGUGCAAUUGGAGCAGAGGGCGCGUGCCAUUCAGGUAAGGCUGCGUAUGCAACAACGUCGUCGAUGCACGGUAGUCAACAAUGUCGGGAGAAAAGUGGUAGGGUUGGAAGCGGGGAAGCAAAGCCUAGGAGAGAGCCGACGUCUUGGACUCAGGAGGAGAAAGAGGUAUUUGCUGACAUCAUACGAAACUAUGGGAAGGACUGGACGAGACUGCACGAGUGUUUGCCGACGAAGUCUCUAACGCAGAUCAAGACGUACUUUCAGAAUUCGAAGGCAAAACUGGGGCUUGUGAAUUCGGAGGGCGUGAGUGUAGGUGGAGGAAGGGGGUCCGGAAGCCGGAAGAGGAAAGCCGAGGAGGUGGACAACAUGAGCAACAACGUGGGUUGUGUGAGCGGAGGAAACGAGUCGAAGUGUGGGUCUGUGAGUGGAGGUGAUGUGGAUGGCGGUGGUCAGAAGGUGAAAGGUGGGAUGGGCGAUCCUCCAAGCAUGAGCGUAAGCGCGGGUAUGGGGACGAUUCCGGUGGGGCUGGAGGGCCUGGCGUACCCAUUUUUUGGUCAGCGGGCGGAAGACCAGAUGGCGUUGCACCAGUUUAUGCGGCAGUUGCAGUUGUGUAACCCGAACGGGCUUCCGCAGAACAUCCCGCCAAUGCUAUAUCCGUUACUGCAGCAACAGGGGUUGGGAGUGUUUCCGUACCCAGGGCUGCAAAGAGCAGGACCUCCGAAUUUGCAGCAGCAGUUUGCAGCGUCUAUGUCUCAAAAGACGUCACAGUCGAUGGGACUACAACUGGCGUUGCAAGGGCCGGGAGUGGGUCAGCAAAGCGGUGCAGUAGAUCUUCACCAGCAAGGGGCGCAUCAAUUGCAGAACUCACAGGCGGCCCGAAGUCAACAGCAGCUACUGGCAAAUAUGAUGCAACAAGCGGCAGCACAGCAAGCGGCAGCACAACUUCAGCAACAGCAGUAUCAGUACAGCAAGAGUGUGGUUCAUCCUCAACAGCAGGUGAUGGUACUUCAACCUGGGCAAGUUUCUCAGCGACAGCAGCAGCUUGUGAGUCAGCAGGUUGGACAUCAUCCUCAAGUUCAGCAAGUGUGUCAAGCGCAGGAGUCUAGUUCAGUUCAUCCGGUUGGAAGUGAAAGCCUGGGGGUUAAUCAUCCUGAUCAGUUAACAUUUCACUUGAAACAGUUGCAUGAGCAGCAACAGCAGCAGGCUUAUAUUCAACAGCCUCAGUUUCAGCGAGCCGUACAUCUGGUGCAGAAGCAGCAGCAGCAACAGCAUAGUCAGCACGAUCUUGCCGAGUCGAAUUCUCAAGGUCACAUUCAUCAACAUCAUAGUUGUCAUACGUCGCCGGUACCAUCGGUGGCAGUCCCCAAGCCUAAAGGUUUAAUGAUAUCACCGCAACAGCCAACUGCAACCUUUUCAGCUCCUUUGUUACAGCAGGGAGGGUCGAUCCAUCGCCAGGAUCAGCAGCCGCAGCAUGGAGUCAGUAUGACAUUGUUUAGUGGAAACGGGGGAAGUUCCUUAUCAGGCAACGUUGGAGAUGUCUCGAACUAUCAUGGGGAGCUUGGAGAACUGCGAGAGAACUGCAGCGAUGAAGGAGCUGCGAAGGCACGAGAGUUUUCAAGAGCGGAUCUCCAUCAAAUGAGUGCCGCGGUUCAGAGAGUAAAACCUUUACAAGCUGCAGUUCCGCCAGUGCCAAGUUCGACCCCUGCAACCGAGUCCCCGCAAAGUCGACCUGUGGAUGUGAAGCUGUUUGGUCAGUCGCUUUUGUCUCAACCCACUUGUAGUGGGGCACUCCAAAGCGCAGCACGGGCUUCACUUCCUACUGCUGACAAAGUCUCUUUGCGAGAGUCAGCUGUCUAUACCACCUCGUCGUCUCCUGUGACGAGUAUGUCAGUUCCAGCAGCAACUGGAUCGAAAGCGUACGCGAAGGAGGCAUCUUUUAGUGGAGUUCCGGCCAUGCCUGAUGGUCGGCAAGGUGGAUGGCCUUCCACGGGUUAUUCAGUAAUCACGGAAGCACGGAAAAAUGUGAAUGGGAUGCGUCCUCAGGUGGGUCCGGUGUGGAAGUCGAAGGAAGGAGAGUUGGAGCUUCACAACAUACAGGAAGGCCGCAUGUCUCGAGGAGCCCGAAGGGCGGAACCGGAACAGAACGUACCUACUAUUACGCACAAGCUUUACGAUCAUGAACAGUCUCGCAGUGAUUUAAUGCACUCCCGAAGCGAGGCUCAUUUAUCGGUGAACAAUUUCGGCGACUCUGCGAAUGAGCAGGGUGGUGGGUUUCCUUCGUCUUCGGGGGAGGGAUUAGGGGCCGACUACGAGAGAAAAAGUGAGAGCACCGUACUUGAUUCCGACGGUUGUGAGCGAGGGUCCACGAUGUGCAGUAGAGGUAGCAGGGCUCUGGCGGAUUCGUUUGCAAUGCAAACUAUUGGAUCAUUGGCUAACGGUUCACAAAUAUCGCGGACUGUAAUGAAUGCGUUGGUGGCCUUCGCCGAUUUGCAAAGUCGCAAUUUACAAUCUUUCUCGAGCACCGGUUCUCCAAGGCUGGAGGACCACCAGUGGGAAAGCCUAGUACGGCAAGCUGCACAUGGUGCCGCAGUAGAGUCUUUGAAAGCCCAUCCUAGUGUAGGUCGAGGUGGCCCUUCAGGUGCCCCACAAGCUCACUUGAGUGGGGGCGAUCUGUUGCAGCAGUGUGUGCGGGACGGCGGCAUGUAUUUUACUCAACACUAUCCUCGUCUUGCUAGCCAGCCGGGUGUAAGCUCUGGCGCUUGGAAUGCUGGAGCUGGGCUCAUGAACCCUUCUGAUGUGCAGCGCGUGCUUGUAAGUCCUGCUUUUAGUUCCUUCCUUCCAGGUGCAUUGUCCAGAGCUCCACCAGCAGCCGAGGAGCAUUUGGGAUCCACAAAAUCAAGGGAUCCUGACAAUGGCGGAGGUGGGCUCCGUUAGCCGUUAGGUGUAGGGCUUUAGACCCACAAAGAAAGCACAGUCAAUCUUUUUUUUUUCCUUUCCCCCUUGUAUUUCAGCCGUUUUUUAAGCAGGACAGGGCGACGGGCAUAUGCCCUUUGUAAAAUUACCUCAUGAUUCCUUGAUCACAUUUUGCCCUUUGUUUGCAAAACAUAUUCAGUAAAGAGACAACACUUUGCCAUGCA